AUGAAGCCUCAUGGGAAGAACAAUCAAAGUACAGUAUUCCAUGGCAGCACCUCCAAGAUUCUCCUAAUCGUAACCCUAACUCUAAUCACCCUCGCUGUCAUCCCUUUCCACACUUUCCCAUCUCUCUCUUCCAACCAUUCCGACACCGCCAUCUCGCCGCCGGCAACCCACCCAGAAGACACCGUCAUCACCAUCGACGAUAACCACCACAAAUGCGACGUGUUUUCCGGCGAGUGGAUACCAAACCCUGAUGCUCCUUAUUAUCAAAACACCACAUGCUGGGCCAUCCAUGAACACCAAAACUGCCAGAAAUACAGACGACCCGAUUCGGAUUACAUGAAAUGGAGAUGGAAACCAGAUGAAUGUGAUCUACCGAUCUUUAAUCCUUAUCAGUUUCUUGAAAUUGUUAGAGAUAAAAGCUUGGCAUUUGUGGGUGAUUCUGUUGGUAGGAAUCAAAUGCAAUCGCUGAUUUGCAUGCUGUCCAGGGUGGAGUAUCCAAUUGAUGCCUCAACCACGAAAGACGACAACUUCAAACGCUGGUAUUACGUUUCGUACAACUUCACCCUUGCCACAUUUUGGUCACCGUUUUUGGUAAAAUUCGACGAGCCCGACACUGACGGACCAACUCACACGGGCCUUUACAAUCUCUACCUGGACGAGUUCGACGAGGCCUGGACCGACCAUAUCGACGAGUUCAACUACCUGAUCCUAAAUGGAGGACAUUGGUUCUCACGACCCUCAUUCUACUACGAGGAUCAUCAGGUGAUCGGAUGCAAAUACUGUCAGAAAGAUAACGUCACCGACUACCCGAUGACAUUCGGGUACCGAAAAGCGCUCCGAACAGCGUACAAGGCGAUUAUCAGUCGGAAAAACUUCAAAGGCGUAACGAUUUUGCGAACGUUCGCACCGAUGCAUUUCGAGGGUGGGGAAUGGAAUAAAGGUGGAAAUUGUGUUAGAAAAAAGCCAUUCAAGAGUAGUGAAAUACAAUUGGAGGGUUCAAAUUUGGAGCUUUAUUUGGCCCAAAUGGAAGAGUUUAAAUGGGCCGAAGGAAAGGCUAAGGAAAAUGGGCUGAAAUUUAGGCUUUUGGAUAUAACCCAGCCCAUGUUGUUAAGACCCGAUGGGCACCCGAGUAAAUAUGGGCAUUGGCCCGAAGAGAAUGUGACUUUAUAUAAUGAUUGUGUGCAUUGGUGUCUACCUGGACCCAUUGACACGUGGAGCGAUUUCCUGCUUCAUAUGUUGAAGAUGGAGGGUAGGAGAUCAGCCGAAGAAAAAAAAGUUUAUUCUAGAUUGAUCAAAGGAAAAUUAUAGGAAAAAGGAAAGGGAAGA